UGGAAACCAAUGAGAUUGAUGAGUGUAUUGAACCAGAUGGGCACUCAGUUAGCCAGAUUGCUAACCAAACCAAGAGUUUUCCUGUCACGUUAUAGAAAAUUGACAUAACGUGAAACUGAUUUUGACUUACCUUAGCGGAGGUAAAUUUCAGGUUGCUGUGUCACUCUGUCUGUGUUUGCCACGCUUCCACAUGCUUUAAACUGCAACAUGCCAAGAAGCACACACACACACACACACACACACACACACACACACACACACACACACACACACACACACACACACACACACACACACACACACACACACACACACACUUCUCUGCAGGGCCACACAAAAACACAAUCCAAAUGCUAUAUGCCCACAACCAACCAACACACACUGACCAGCCACAGGAAACACAUUCACAGACCUACUCUAACCCUACUCAAACACAGCUACUGUAACCUCAACACACACAUUGCCUCCCCCCUUUCCCACCUCUUUUGCUCUUCCCCUCUUCAUACCUCUUGAGCUACACAGAAUUUGUCUGCUUUUUUUAAUUUUUAAUCUGCAAUCCACAGAGAGGAACACCAUUGCUCUCCCAUUGAGCUCAUGAGCUGGUCAACUGGCAACUGGUCACAUAUCAGCAUGAUGGCAAGAGGAUAAAAUGCAUGGAAUAUAUUUUUACCACAUCAAUUUUUUGGACACAUUGAUGAAAUAAUGAUGAUUCCUUCCUCCUCCCCAAUUAUUUGCAAUUAUUUUGCUUUGAACCUGGAAGGUGCUGCAGCAGAGAUGCUCUCUGAUUAACUUUCUGCUUUUGGCUUCUUCUACAGAGUGAGUGAUCAUUAUGAAAACCAUGGACAUUACAUGUUCUGUUAGCAUAUAAUAACACAGUACAGUGUUGCUUACAUGUAGGAAAUAGUGGCAAUAAGUGUUAUACAUUGGUAUACCAACCAUUCAGAAAAAAACCUUUACCAGACUGAAAUGGGAGGAGAGGCAGAGGAAAGAGAGGCAUCUGGCCAUUCCAAAAGGAGGAAACCCAAGGAAGAAGCAGAGGAGAGUGAGAAGGAGAUGGAGGAAGAGGGCAGAAGUAUGCAGGUCCCUAUGCUUCGCUGGGUAAUGCACGGGGCAGUAAUGUUUGGACGUGAGUUCUGCUACGCAAUGGAAACAGCCCUGGUUACGCCAGUCCUGCUGCAGAUAGGUCUUCCUGAGCAAUAUUACAGUUUAACCUGGUUCCUCAGUCCCAUCCUGGGUCUCCUCUUCACACCUGUGAUUGGCUCAGCCAGUGACCGAUGUACUCUGCGAUGGGGCCGGAGAAGACCAUUCAUUCUGGCCCUUUGUGUAGGUGUGCUGCUGGGAGUAGCUCUGUUCUUAAAUGGAUCAUUAAUAGGCCUUUCUGUUGGUGAUAGUCCUAGCAGCCAGCCAAUUGGCAUCGUCCUCACUGUAGUUGGUGUGGUUGUGCUGGAUUUCUGUGCCGAUGCCUCUGAGGGACCAAUCAGAGCUUACCUUCUUGAUGUUGCUGACACUGACGAGCAAGAUAUGGCCCUGAAUAUUCAUGCUUUCUCGGCUGGGCUUGGCGGAGCAGUGGGCUACAUGCUGAGUGGUCUAGACUGGACUGGCACAGCUCUGGGACGAGCAUUUAAAUCACAGGAACAGGUCCUCUUCAUGUUUGCAGGCAUCAUCUUCAUUAUUUCUGUUACACUUCACAUGCUCAGUAUCCCUGAGCAACCUUUCGCUCCUUCCAAUCAGCUUAAAAUCACAGGAAAUGGGGAGUCUACCAGCCAGUUGUCUUUUAGGGCCGUUGGCCACACUCCACCUCUACUUGAUAUGAUUGCAGAGGAGGAUGCUUCAGCGCGAGCUCCGUCCCAAGAGGGCAACAGAUCAGAUCCUGAGCAAGGAGAAAUAGACUUCCUUGCUGUGGAGCGAGUGCGGAGUAAAAGCGAUUCAGUCUUAGCCAUGCCAGAUGCCACUAUUGAGUUGGAUUCUGACCUCGAUCCAGAUGCACAAUUUUUCCAGCCAGAGGUACACCGCUUUCUACCAGAGCGAGAAGAUGUUUUUAAGUCACCAGACCCCAGUCUUGGGUCUUCGUCUACUGCCGGUGGACCACCUGCCCUUACUGAUGGGAUGGCGGUCUUAGAGCCUACAAAUCCAGCUUGGCCUAAGCUUAGGUGUCCAACAAACGACCCUCCUCUCCUUCAGAUAAGUUCUGGCUCAGAGGACUCACAUCUGAAAACACAGGUCAAGGCUGUCAAUGGUGUCAAUGCUGGCUUGUCAACUUCCGACCACUCCAAUGACAUGAAAGGCCAUGCCUCCAGUAAGCUGCCCAGCCGGCCGUUCAAUACCUUAGUUUCAUCACGGCCACACCCCCACACCUUUUACAGACAGCCUUCCUUCACUUUCUCAUACUAUGGACGAGUGGGAUCACAACGCUAUCGACUGCGAAGGCCAAUUACCACCUCCCAAAGUUUGAAUGACCUCAGUAAACUCCAGCACUGUGGGGACAGGCGGGAGUUUCAGCUUUCAGCUAGCAGUCUGUCAUCUGAGGGCUCCGAGAGUGAGGGAGGACCAGACAAGGGUACAACUGUUCGACUGCUCUGGAUGUCCAUGUUGAAGAUGCCGAGGCAGCUGUGGAGACUGUGUGUGUGUCACCUUCUCACGUGGUUCUCCAUCAUAGCUGAAGCUGUGUUUUACACCGAUUUUAUGGGACAAGUCAUCUACCACGGAGACCCCACGGCACCAGCCAAUUCCACAGAGCUACUAAACUAUCACAGAGGAGUACAGAUGGGCUGCUGGGGACUGGUGGUCUAUGCUGCUACUGCUGCUGUCUGCUCUGCAAUCCUUCAAAAGUACCUGGAUAAUUUUGAUCUGAGCAUUAAGGUUGUCUACAUUGUUGGAACUCUGGGAUUCUCGAUAGGAACUGCUGUUAUGGCAAUCUUCCCUAAUGUUUGUAUCGCCAUGGUGAUGAUCAGUAGCAUGGGUAUCAUCUCCUUGAGUAUCUCCUACUGUCCCUAUGCAUUACUCGGGCAGUACCAUGAAAUCAAAGAGUAUAUUCACCACAGUCCAGGAAACACUAGAAGAGGUUUUGGCAUUGACUGCGCUAUCUUAUCAUGCCAGGUCUAUAUCAGCCAGAUUCUGGUUGCAUCGGCCCUCGGAGCUGUGGUGGACGCAGUUGGCAGUGUGCGUGUCAUUCCUGCAGUGGCCUCUGGGGGCGCCUUCCUUGGCUUCCUUACUGCCUGUUUCCUCGUUAUUUAUCCUGAGAUGGAGCCCACCAGCUUAGAAAAGGGCUUGGUGGGUUUACCUGGAGAUUCAGACCCAAAUGGAGGAAGGACCAGUGACCAGAGAUUGGCUCUGCUGAGCCUCACGGAUGGAGAUAGUCUGAAGAGGACAGAUAAUGACUCUGUUUCCUUAGCAUAAUUGUUUAGGUUUCUUCUCACUAAGCACAGGUCACAGCAUGCGAGGGUUAAACCAAAUGUCUGUUUCUUUAUGAAGAAGGAAUUAGGAAAACUGAACAUUAAGAACUGAGGAAUUAAGAACACUGAGUUGACUCCCAUCUACAGAUAUCUGGGUGGGUGGAUUUAAAUGGAUAAUAUAUUUUUGGAGUAGAAGACUGAUAAGUAGAAACAAUCUCAGGGGCUGCUAUGUUCGUCUUAUUACUACCUCAACCCUAAAAACCAAUGGAUGGCUAAAUGGAUGGAAGUAAGCCAUUAAAACACAAAGAGACACUGUUGAAGCUAACUGUUGAAGCUCAGACUAAGGAAACAAAUAUAAGCCUUUAUUGCAAAGACAUAAAUGGAAAGCACACAGAGCACUUUCUGUCUCACUCCUAGACAGUAUUGUCACACUGAUGCUACAUAAGUGUGAUAUGUUAAUUCACAGAAGCUGCUCCAUAUACUGCUUAAUGAACAAUCAUAGUGCUGUAAAAGUAUGUACCUCUGUAUUAGUACAAUGAAUAUGUUCAUAUUAUUCUUAAAUGGAAUACCUUGAUGUUAUAUUGUUAUUUUAUAAAUGCCAGAACGUUUCCAAACUACAGGUAAAGCCUUAUACGUUUGUAGCAGACAUAACAAUUCCUACACUUUUUUAGUCACAUUGAUGAUUUUGGUUACAUAGCAAGCUAGUGUGCUUUGAUUUGAUGACUAUUGGCUGUACUGAAGAUAACAGAAAUUCUAAAAGAAAGAAACAUUUUAUCAUAAAACCAGCAUCUAUGACAAAUGUGAUUUUGGCACUAUGGUUAAGUUUGCGGAUGCAAAGUGUUUCUCAGUGAAGGCAGAUGUUGCAUUGUAAUUACUGUAGAUAUACAAUGUAAAUGGUAGUGUAUUGUUUCUCAAGACCUCAAGUAGUGAUUGGCUUCAGUGUGAAUUAUAUUAGCAGAUGGCAUUUGUUUUGUUUUCUACAAAUUCUUUUCUUCUUUUUUUAAAAUAUACAUUCCAAAUACAGGUGACAUAGUUAGAUAGAAAUGCUCUUGACGUUAAAGGGGAUUGCAGUUUUUGUUUGUACUUUGUAUUAGAAGCAAAAUUACACUAUCCCACAUUAGUUUAGUGUGCCACGUUCAUCAUUUGAUAGCUGUGAAACUGUCCUAGUAUGGACAAAUAGGAUAAAUACCUCCCACACUGCCAGGCUUCAGUUUACAUCAGAAU